AUGUCGCUCAAGCAGGAAAUCGAGACUUGGGUCGAAGCGCUGGGGCACUAUGACAAUCAAGAAUUCGAGGAAGCAUUGAGGAUUUUCGACGCGAUUGCCGAUACCUCCAAGAUCCUGUUCAACUGUGGUGUCAUCCACGCGACCAUCGGCGAGCAUGAAAGAGCGGUGGAAUGUUACCAACGCGCGAUCAAGCUCGACCAGUACCUCGCCGUGGCCUACUUCCAACAGGGGGUCUCAAAUUUCCUGGUUGGGGACUUCGAAGAAGCACUGGCCAAUUUCAAUGACACCCUCCUCUAUUUGCGAGGCAAUACAUACAUCGACUAUGAACAGCUGGGGUUGAAAUUCAAGCUCUACUCCUGCGAAGUUCUGUUCAAUCGUGGCCUGUGUUACAUGUACCUCCAGCAAGAGCAGGCCGGGCUUCAAGAUUUCAGCUUCGCUCAGAAGGAGAAGAUGACCCCUGACCACGAUGUGAUAGAUGAUGCUAUCAAGGACAUGGCUCAGGGCUAUGUGGUGUUUAGCAUACCGGUCGGAUGCGUUUACAGACCGAAUGAAGCCAAGGUCAAGAACCUCAAAGCAAAAGACUACCUGGGUAAGGCCCGGUUGAUAGCCACCUCGAACAGUGACAACACCGGCACCGGAUUCCAGGGCGUGGAAAGAAAACAAGCGGUGGCCGCCGAGAUGUCGGCCAGAGACGACCGCCCGCCGGAAAAUAUCAGCUACGCGGCAACCAACCUGGUACAGCGCAAUUUGUCCAGUCGAGUGGUCCGGGAUCAGAGCGCCCCUCCGGUCAUGAAUCGAAACGUGUUCCCACCGACACCGCCACCGGAGAACGAGAAGCCCAGGCUGAGCGGCGGCGGUUCUUCCACGUUGCCUCUUCGGACCACUUCAAUGCGUCAACCGCGCAAUGGGUACUCCAGACCAGACAUGGAUCCACCCAGACCCGGUAUGAUGAGUCGAGCCGCAACGUUCGACGUCAACGCCAACCAACCACCCAGCAUGGGCAGGAUGAUGCCUCCACAACGCGACAACUCUUGGCCCGAGGAGCCUUCCAUGAUGGAGCGACCGCAGAUGGAAAGGUCGCGCUAUGGCACCCAAAGGACUGCUUCCGAACCCCGGGGUCCUUCUUCCCGACGCCAGAUGCUCGACCGCUCCGCCUCACAAAGGGCGCCCGCACCGCUGUUCCGGGAGACUACCCCCUCUCGAUACGACGACCCCAACGACACGGUGGACGACGUCUAUCGCAUGUAUUCCAGUCCCCGCCGGCGCCAGCGACGCCACGACCAAGAACUAUACCUGAACGAAGAAGACGAAUAUAUCGAUGAAGAAGAAAUGAGUGCUGAAGACAUGGGCGGCUUCGAGCCUGUCCGACGUGCGGCGUCCCGAUCUGGGCGCGGGAGCAAACGGCCCGAAAUGCGCAAGAUCCGGGUCAAAUGCCACUUUAACGACGAUACGAGAUAUCUAAUGAUUGGCGCCGUGAUAGAUUUCGGCGACCUCGAGAGCAAGAUCCGUGAGAAAUUUGGGAUCAAGGAUCAAUUGAAGAUCAAGAUGCAAGAUGACGGAGACAUGAUCACCAUGGGUGACCAGGACGAUCUGGAGAUGUUGUUGACGAGUGUGCGCAAUCAAGCCAAGAAGGAGAGAAAUGAGAUGGGCAAGAUGGAGGUCUGGAUCUCGUGA